CCACAAUGUUGUUAUGAACUACAUUAUUAUACUUCAGUAUUACAGUAAGCCUUGUUGUGAUGAGCUGUGUCAGCUGGGCCUCUGCGAAACUGGUUUAGAUUUUACGGAAGUUUUCAGGGUGUAUUUCCCCUGCUGAGAGAAAGGGGAACGUCUGGAGGUGUAAUACUGCACUUAGCACUUAGAGAAGGAUGUCGAUGACUGUGUGUAACUCUAAGGCAGUGAAUAUGUUCACCUUGACCCCCAACCCCAAGAGCAUAUACCCACUGCUCUGCCAGCUUCUGUGCUGCAGGUCGUUCUACUCCGUGUUUGGAAGCCUGAAGCAGCACAUGGCCAGCUUUCAGACAGUGCUGGGGACUCUACAGAUCAUGGUUGGAUUAGUGAAUGUGGGAUAUGGGGUCUUCAUUCUUUAUCUUGGCAGUAUGAUUUGGAGCACCUGCAUUUGGCUGGGAGCAGUGUUUUUUGCAUCUGGCAUCUUAUGUGUCAUUGCAGACAAGUUUCCCAGCCCUUGCAUGGUCAACCUUGCGGUCUUGGGGAAUGUCCUCAGUUUUGGACUGUCUAUAAAUGCUAUUGUGGUUUAUUCAACGGAUCUAGCACAGUUGCCUCGUGCUUUCAGCUGUGCUCUACCUGGCGACUCAUAUGGAUACAGAUAUCGCUAUUAUGGGACUACACUAAUUCCAACCACGAUAGAUGACAGAGUGGCAAACUGUGAGCGCUACAAGCACAUGCUGGACUUUUCAUUAGGAGGACUGGACGUCAUGAUGAUCCUGCUGGGCGGAAUCCAGCUUUGCCUCACGUUCAGCUCAUGCCUUCUGUGUCUGAAGGCUUUGUGCAUGAAGAUGAAAGAAGAACAAACGGAGGAUCCAGAGCUUUACAAGCCGCUCAUGAAGAAAGCCCUUCCCAGCCCUGUGUGUUAGAUAACAUACAAUGUCCAGAAUUAUUAUGAUUAUUGAUGAUAAUUCAUUAAGAAUUAUUUGGAAUUUAGAUCAACUUUAUAUCAGAUUUUCUUUAUUUGCUUACAUAAUGAAAUAUAAUCCACUGUAAAUAAAGACCUCUCAAAUAGGAGGAAUGUUUAGUAGCUAAUUUGUGCCUACUAACAAUAAGCGUUCCCUUGAUUUACAGACAUAAAUAAAGAUGUAAUACAUUUUUAUCUACAUUAAA